AACACAUUAUUAUAUUUGAGGAAUGAGGGAUGAGGGAAUAUAAAAAUAUCCUUUUAUUUUUGUUUUCUCUAAUUUCAAACCUUAUCCGAACUCACUAAAAAGAACAUAACACAGCUGAUCAGCCGCUCAUCCACACUCUUCACUGUCACUGAGCUCUAUCCCUGUGCUGUGAUCUACCCAUGAAAUCGUUCAUUCUUCUCCUCUUCUUCUUCUUUUACCCUUCAUCGGCCGACCAUGGAACCUCCAAUGCACGUACCUCCAUAGUUUUCACAACCCUCGGAAGAUCCAGCUACGCCUUCGACAUCUACACUCUCCCUACUUCGCAACCGCCCACCAAAUCCGUCGAAUUGCAGUUGACCGACGGCGAAUCCGUGAAUUUCAACGGCUAUUUCCCCUCGUCCUUGCCCCCUUCUCUCGUCUCCGGCCAACCCGAUCUUCUGCUCUCCAUUAACACUCCGCCCUUCUAUCUGGUUUACGUUACAGAGCGAAACGGGUCGCAUCACGUGUUCCUCGACUCCGUCUACUAUGGUGGUUCUGGGGAUGGGGGAAAAGGGGGGAAAAGAUCGGUGCUUGAAGAAACUAGGGUUAGUGUGGUGAACCGGGUUCAGGUUCCUUUGGUGGGCGUUGAGCAGACCGGCGGGAGGGUUUCGAUGAAGGAUAAGCCGACGUUGGUGGGUGAAUCGUUGAUCUACGUGUCGACUCACGAGGACCCGGGUGUGGCUCGGGCGAGUUGGGCGGCUGUGUACUCGACUCAGUUGGAUUCCGGGUUGACUCGGAGGCUGACGCCGUACUCGGCGGCGGAUUUCAGCCCCGCCGUGUCUCCGUCGGGGAAGUGGACGGCGGUGGCGUCGUACGGGGAGACGGGUUGGGCUGGGGACGUGGAGGAACUCGGUACUGAUAUCUAUGUGUUCCUGACUCGGGACGGGUCGAACCGGGUGAAGGUGGUGGAGCAUGGAGGGUGGCCGGCUUGGGGUGAUGAUUCCACUCUUUACUUCCACAGGCGGUGCGACGAUGGAUGGUGGAGCGUUUUCAUGGCGGUUUUACCCGAGAAUGGCGAACUCGGUGUUGAAUCGGUUGUGACUCAGCGAGUUACUCCGCCGGGUUUGCACGCGUUCACACCUGCUGUUUCUACCGCCAAUAAACGCAUCCUUGCUGUGGCUACCAGAAGACCCGGUUCAGAUUACCGUCACAUAGAGCUCUUCGACGUCGAUUCGGGCCGGUUCACCGAGUUAACCCGGUCCGUAUCCCCGAAAACGCAUCACUUAAACCCGUUUUUCUCCCCCGAUGGGUCUUGGGUCGGGUACCAUAAAUGUAGAGGAACCGGUAACGGCAAAGGCAACACUUUACUGUUGGAAACGGUUCAACACCAAGUACCCGAACCGGAAUUCUCAUUGUUCCGGUUCGACGGUUCAUAUCCUUCGUUUUCGCCCGACGGUUCUCGGAUCGCGUAUGUGGAUUUACCCGGGCUCUAUGUAGUGAACCAUGACGGGUCGGGUCUGAAAAAAGUAUCCGACGAAAAUGCCUUCCCUACAGUGUGGGAUCCGAAGAGAAAAGGAGUGAUAUACACCAGUGUGGGGCCCGAUUUCGCGAGCGUAACCACCGCCGUUGAUAUCUUCGCCAUCAACGUCGACGACGAGAGCCGGAGCCGCAAAAAGCUGACGGUCGGAGGGAAAAACAACGCGUUCCCCUCACCCUCGCCGGACGGAAAAUGGAUCGUAUUUCGGUCGGGCCGGUCGGGUCACAAGAAUCUCUACAUAAUGGACGCCCUGGAAGGAGAAACGGGCGGGCUCUCCCGGCUAACGGAGGGGCCAUGGAGUGAUACCAUGUGCAACUGGUCACCGGACGGCGAAUGGAUCGCCUUCGCGUCGGACCGGGAAAACCCGGGUUCUGGAAGCUUCGAGUUGUUUCUAAUUCACCCGAACGGGACGGGGCUCCGAAAACUGGUCCAGAGCGGAACGGGUGGGCGGACCAACCACCCGUGGUUCAGCCCGGAUGGGAAGCACGUGGUGUUCACCACCGACUACGGCGGCGUAUCAGCUGAGCCCAUCUCCAACCCUCAUCAUUAUCAGCCCUACGGCGAGAUAUUCAUCAUCAGAUCCGACGGCUCAGAUUUGCACAGAUUAACCCAUAAUUCGUAUGAGGAUGGGACCCCCACUUGGGGACCCAUUUACAUCCAGCCGAAGAAUAUUGAGUGGCCCAACGGUGGAGAUGCAUGCUCGUUUGAGGAUUGCCACUGGUUAAACAUAAGCCCAAACAAUAAUGCCAGUAUUAUUCAAUGUGCUCACUUCCCAAAGUGAGAUUUGCUAUUUUUGGAUGGAUUUUAAAUUCUAAAGUUAUAUAUAUAUAAAGUAUAAUAAUUAUGUAAAUACAUGAGGUAUGUACCAUGAGAAGAUUAGUUGUGUUACUUGUGUAUUUGUAUCUAAAUAAAUAAAAAAAAGUUAUAUAUUCUGUUG